CAAGUUUAGUACUCAUAGUACUGGAUGUGUUACUUCGUAGACGGUAGAAAGAUGUUUUGACGUGUACAAACCCACAGUGAGGCCAUUGAGCCACUUUAGGGUCGUCCAGUAUUUGGUGUGCAAGCGACCAAACAUACCACAAACUAUUUGCGCCAUGUAGGAGAUGGGCGACGGUUGUGAGCAUUAUGAUCUCUCCUUCCAACCGCUUCUGCACAGGUCUGCUAGGAGCCCAUCGUCUACCGUCGCAAAGCGCAGCGGGACACGAGGAAGCGAAGAUCCCACACUUAUUUGCCCUUCGGACGCGAGUAUGUAGCCUUGGAAGAGCGGGCUCUGUCCCUUGGCAAAGGAGUGCUGGCAAGCUGCAUUACCGCCACGACAUAGUAGAGCCAAGCAGCGCAGAGGGAUCAAAGGCUCAAAGCGGCUUUCUGACAAGGGGGCUGUGUAGAUUGGCGUCCUCUACCAACACCACAAUAAGCAUCGAGAACGACAUCCUGACAGCCCGGCUUCACGAACCACCUACCUGCUUGCUGUACUCCUGAACUUAUCGAAGAAUUCCCCUUAUUACUUAUAAUUCGGUGGCUCCCUCUUCGGCCCAUCCAUAUUCUUCAGCUUUCUUUCCUCGAUCUUCACGUCCAAGUCACGG